AUGAGGCUGAAGAAGCAUAUCAAGGAGACUGAAGAUGAAUUGCUCUGGUAUAAAUCCCAGUUUCCUUCAGGCGCCCUGCAAAGCUCCCUGCAAUGCUCCCUGCAGUCGGAGAGUUCGCCUGGUCAGACUUCUCUACCCGGGUUAGAAUGGUCGUCCAGUCGCACCACCCAUUCACCCCCGGAUUUAGCACAGAAGUCCGAUCGACCUAGUCCUUGGGAAGGAAUCCAAAUUGGUACUGCUCGCUCUCCAAACUCGUCGUGGUACGGUUCGUCGUCGCUCUUUCAUUUCAUCGGGCGCAUGAACAGCUACUUGGGUGGAAUCCUCCAGCAGACCCAAAUGAGCAACCAAAUGGUUCUUCAUGGAACCGCAAGCACGCUAUUAAAUGGUACAACCGAAAAUAGUCCGGAGGAUGAGGAUGAUUCGCAUCAAGCUGCCCUUUCCGCAGAGGACCCAUUUACAGCAGGUCAUUUCCUGAGCCCAAUCCAGGAAGAAUACUUUCUCGAUUUCUUUUGGAAAUCUUAUCACACAUGCCUUUUCCCGAUCAUCAAUGAGGCAGAGUUUAUGAACCACUAUCGCUCACUGUGGGCAGAUUCAGGAGAUAAAAGAAGGCCUGCUGCUCUUGUGGACGUCGUGAUUGCUCUUUGCAUGCAGCAUGGUGUCUCCCAGCUAUCCCCCGAGCAACAAAAGUCUAUAAUUAGGGGAGACCCUAGUGUCGCCGGUCGUUGGUACUUCCGUCGUUGUCAACAGCUAGUCACCUACCAGCUUGAAAGUCCCACAGUAUCGACGGUACAAACGCUGAUGCUUUGCUCCAUAUACCUAUGUAACGGGUCUUUUCAGAAUAUGUCAGCGACAUGGGCUGGUAUGGCCGCGGAAGCGGCUUAUGUUGCCGGUCUUCAUAUAGCCCCUUCACACGACCUUCCAGCACCGGAACGGGAACUGAGAAAGCGUCUAUGGUGGGCUCUCUAUGAACUAGACGCCAAAAUCGGCAUGAAACUAGGUCGGCCAUUCCUUCUUCACCGUUCUCCUACCGAGCCAGGGCUGCCAGAUGACCAGCCUGAAACUGCAAAGCUAUCCGGUUCUCACCUGGCUAACUCAGGCGAAAACAAAUCAUGGCUUAGCUUCCAUCUUGAAAACUCGAAACUUUUUAUUAUUGCACGGGAGAUUCAUGAAGCUUUUUACGCAAGGGAUGUGAAUCUUCUCCAUGGUCAAACCAUUUGGGAUGAUCCCCAGGCUUUAGAAUCCCACGCAGAGUUCUUGCAGAUCCGUGCCAAAUCUCUAGAUCAGUGGGUCGAUGAGUUGCCCAAUACGCUCAAGACCAGCCGCCAGGACAAGGGAACAUCCUUCUCCACAGAUGGAUCAAAACUGGACAUUGAGCCAUUCGCACCGGUAUGGCUUCAACGUCAACGCCUGAACCUGGAAUUGAUUUAUCACAAUCUCUGCAUCAACAUCCAUCGACCAUUCAUCUCUUUCGCCGCAGGACAACCAUCAAGUCUAACAGAGGAACUAGCCACUAAAUGCGCUCUACACGCCAUGGAAAUUACCAGAAUAACGCAUCAAACACUAUCCUCAACCACCAUCCUAACAGGCUGGCAUGAAGCAUUCCAAUGGCAAUGGAACGCAUCAAUGACCCUCGUCGGGUUCAUCCUAGCCCAUCCAAGAAGCACUCUAACACCAGAGGCCAUCAAAGCAAUUGAUCUCGCUAUAACAGUCUGCGAAAUAUUCGGAGAACGCUUCUCCGUUGCGAACAGCGCAGCAACCAUCUUACGGAAUCUUGGCCCGAAAAUCAACUUCUUGUUGCAAUCCCAUUCAGAAAUGCAAGGAAUACCAGAUGAUGGGAUCGAUCAGGGGAUUCUCAAGCCGGCGGCUAGUAUGGAAUGGCUGGAUAGUCUGAUGGGUGAGACUUCUGGUUUUGAUCCGUCGCUCAUGAUGCCCAUGCAGGAUGUGUUCCAGAUGGCUUUUUCGAUUGAGCAGUGGAGUGCUUUGGAUAAUCUUUUGCCUGUUUUGGAAGGAGAUCAGUGGAACCCUCAGGUUUUAGGGGCGUUUUGA